AUGAGAGUGAAAAACAAUUUCUUAUCCACAUCCCUGCACCUUUCCCUCCUUUCUUCGCUCUAGUUGACAGAAGCUAAACCAGAACCCAUAACCAAUUUUCUUCUAUCAAAUGGCAGCUCCCUUUUCUUCAACCUCUCCCAUUCGAUCCGUUUUCAGUACCAUUCGUACCCCUCUGAAAUCUUUCCUCUCCCAUUCAGAUUGUUUCCAGAAGGGACGCGAUUGCUUCAAGUGCCGUUCCUGCAAUUUUAGCGUGUAUUCAUUGAGCUCAUCUGCUAGCUACACGAUCGUUAAAUUAUGCAGCAAACCCAUCGUUGUUAAUCAUCUGUUACGUAAGAGAGUUGGGAAUGUGAGGUGUGCAACUAUUGAAGAAAUCGAAGCUGAGAAAUCUUCCAUUGAGAACGAGGCUAAAGAAAAAAUGGAGAAGACAAUUGAGACAGUUCGAACAAAUUUCAACUCCAUUAGGACAGGGAGAGCAAACCCGGCAAUGCUCGACAAAGUUGAGGUGGAAUACUACGGUACUCCUGUCAGCUUAAAGAGUAUCGCUCAAAUAAGUACACCCGAUUCAAGUUCUCUAUUGGUUCAGCCAUAUGACAAAUCCAGCUUAAAGGCUAUAGAAAAAGCUAUAGUCAACUCUGAUCUUGGUAUGACUCCAAACAAUGAUGGUGAAGUCAUCCGCAUGUCUCUUCCUCAACUGACCACCGAAAGAAGAAAGGAAUUCUCAAAAAUUGUGGCCAAACAAGCUGAAGAAGGGAAGGUGGCAGUGAGGAAUAUAAGAAGAGAUGCCCUUAAAGCCUAUGAAAAACUUGAGAAGGAGAAAAAGUUGUCUGAAGACAAUGUGAAGGACUUAUCAAAUGAUUUGCAGAAACUAACAGAUGAGUAUAUGAAGAAGAUUGACAGCCUCUUCAAGCAGAAAGAGAAGGAGUUGCUGACGGUCUAGUGAUUGUUUUGUACAAUGAUGUCAAUUGAUAAGCUUCCUUUCCAUUCAGACC